CACCCCGACAUGUACGAGCGAGCCGUGCUGAGGAAAGACCACCAGAAGAAAUACGGCGCCACGGUGGACCUGUGGAGCAUCGGGGUCACGUUUUACCACGCCGCCACCGGCAGCCUCCCGUUCAGGCCGUUCGAGGGGCCGCGCAGGAACAAAGAAGUCAUGUAUAAAAUCAUCACAGAGAAACCCUCCGGGACGAUCUCCGGCCACCAGAAGUGUGAGAACGGGAAGAUCGAGUGGAGUACGGAGAUGCCGGUGUCCUGCAGUCUGUCCAAGGGUCUUCAGAGCCUCCUGACUCCGGUCCUCGCCAACAUCCUGGAGGCCGACCAGGAGAAGUGUUGGGGCUUCGACCAGUUCUUCGCCGAGACCAACGACAUCCUGCACCGAACGGUCGUCUACGUGUUCAGUCUGCAGCAGGCGACGCUGCACCACGUCUACAUCCACGAAUACAACACGGCGGCGCUGUUCCAGGAGCUGCUGUCCCGCAGGACCAGCAUCCCGCAGCACAACCAGGAGCUGCUGUACGAGGGCCGCCACCUGGUCCUCGACCCCAACCGCCAGGCCAAGACCUUCCCCAAAACCUCCAGAGACAAUCCCAUCAUGCUCGUCAGCCGCGAGUCCGUCGCCACUGUCGGACUCAUCUUUGAAGACCCCAGUCCUCCUAAAGUUCAGCCUCGCUACGAUCUGGAUCUCGAUGCCAGCUACGCAAAGACUUUUGCAGGUGACGUCGGACAUUUAUGGAAGACUUCCGAGUCUCUGCUGGUUUAUCAGGAACUGGUUCGGAAAGGAAUUCGAGGUCUAAUAGAGCUGAUGAAGGAGGACUACAGUGAGAUCCUCCACAAGAAGUCAGAGGUUUUCCACCUGUGUAACUACUGCACGCAGAUACUGGAGAAGACUGAGCAGCUGACCUCCGUUCUCCUCAGGUUUGAGGUAUUGAUGCAGGCCAACAUGAUGUCAUCAGAGUACGACGAGAUCUCAGACAUGCACAAGAAAGUUGUCAGAAUCUCCAGCUCGUUGGAGCCCAUCGAACGAACAACACAAGACAUCAAGAGUAAAUUCCUCCCUGGAGGUCUGCUGACCGACGGCUGGACACAACAAGUGGGGACGCACCCCGAGGACAGGAAUGUGGAGAAAAUCAAAGUGCUGCUUGACGCCAUCACAGCCAUCUACCAACAGUUCAAGAAGGACAAAGCAGAGAGACGUCUGCCGUACAACGAAGAACAGAUCCAUAAAUUUGACAAACAGAAGUUGGUCCUUCAUGCCAGUAAAGCUCGUUCUCUGUUCACUGAGGAAUGUGCCAUGAAAUACAGACUCUUCAUCUCCAAGAGUGAAGAGUGGAUGAGGAAGGUUCAUCACGUGAGGAAGCAGCUGCUCGGUCUGUCGGCUCAGCUGAUCAGCAUAGAGAAGGAGGUCACCAUGCUGAUGGAGAGAGCCAUCAAGCUGCAGGAACAGCUGCCUCAGAAGGUUCUUCCUCUGGUGUCCAGUGGGAUGAAGCCUCAGGCCUACCUGAGCCAGAACACCUUGGUGGAGAUGACCCUGGGGAUGAAGAAGCUGAAGGAGGAGAUGGAGGGAGUCGUCAAGGAGCUGGCAGAGAACAACCACUUCUUAGAGAGGUUCGGGACUCUGACUCUGGACGGAGGUCUGAGGGGUUGAAGGACGUCUGCAGCCUGUAAAUAUUCAGUGUUUAUCCUGUAAAUAACGAGACUGUAACAUGAAGCUCGCAGUGAAACGCUCCGGAAGUAAUUAAUGAACCUGUAAUUGACCUGACAACACAUAUAGGGGUUAAUUAAGGGUUAAUUGUGGUUUAAUUAGGGGUUAAUUAGGGGUAUUUCAGGGAUUAUAAAGAUUGAACUGUGAUGAACGAAUGUCUGUAAUCAGUUUCCUGCAUGAACUCAAACGUAUCCGAGAGGUCAAAUAAAACCAGAACGUUUUUUAUUUUGUCGACUUUAAGGGUUUAAACUCGUUAAUUAAAGACUGUUAACGAGUAUAACGUUUAUUUAUUAUACUCACAGGCCGAUCAGUAAUCAAUGGGCUUUGUUUCCUGUUUCAUGUCGUCAUAUAUUCUCAGACAGAAAUACCUCCUUCUCUUCAUCUUCAUCUUCUACUCUUCACGUUUUUGUUUUUAUUGUCAAUAAACAACAUUCAGAAUGUUUGUUUGAAAAACAUGUAAAUAAAGAAAAUAUCUUUAAACCGUC